CUAGAUGGAAUGGAAAGAUUCCUAAGAUCUUAACUCAUAGGCUAUUUCCGAAAGCUAAGUAUAGCAUUUGGAUUGAUGGCAAAAUGGAGCUUAUUGUUGAUCCAUUGCUAAUGCUUGAAAGGUAUCUUUGGCGGGGAAAGCAUGCAUUUGCUGUUUCUUGUCACAAACAUCAUAAGAGUAUACGAAGAAGCUAAUGCAAUCAAACGUAGGAAGCGGUAUGCUCGAUCAUUAGUUGAUCUUCACAUGAAAAUUUAUCGGUACGGGGGAAUGGAACCGUGGAGUCCGAAGAAAAGAACAAUAAGUGAUGUACCAGAGGGAGCCGUCCUAAAGCGAGAACACACAGCGAUGGCAAACUUGUUCAGCUGCCUUUGGUUCCACGAGGCUCUAGACAGCUACCACUACCUUUCCUGCCAAUUCUACGCGAUCGAAAAGACUUAUCUCGCUAGCAGCGAUCUGAUGGAUGGUUUGGAGGGAAAGAAACAAUGCUGUGUUCCGAGCAAUACCGACCAAUGCUAGCAGGUCACUUGAAUGGGUCAAAAUGUUGA